UGGACGUUUCUGGCUCGCCUGCGCGUCACAAUUCCGCCAUGCUCGUGCCGAGCUGGCCCCGAGGGGCGGCUGCCUCCGUCUCCGCUUCGGUGGCAAGCCCUUUGCGGGGGUCGAGGCUGAAGCGGCAGCCGAGGCGAUGGACAGGUGCCACUCACCUGCCGCUGGCCGCGGUGGUCCCAUGUCUUUGCGUUCAGCGGGCGAGGCGCAGCGGCUCCAAGGUGUCAAAACGCUGUUCCGCGGCCGUGGCGGCGAAGCCGGUGGAGCAAGCCAAGGAGGUGGCCCAGCGCAAGCUUUUGGCAGAGGAGCCAUGCCAAGAGGUGGAGGUCCUGGAGGUGAUCCAGCACCCCCGGAAGCCGGAGCUGGCGCUGGUGGAGGUGACGGACCCGGACUUUCCCGAGGGCCCACCUCUGCCAGUGGCGGCGGAGGCGGAGAGGUGGAAGGUGGGGGACAAGGCGGCGCUGAUGCAGGUGGGCAGCCAGGUGCCAAAGGCCGCGCCGGUGCAGGGCCUGCUGCGGCAACUGGCUGGGGCGGCGCUGGCGCGCAGCCGCGGGGCCAUGGAGGGCCCGUUGGACCUGGCGAAGCUGCCCUCGGUGGGGCUGUUGUUCCCCGUGGGGGCGUGUGAGGAGCCACAGCCCUUGGAGGCCUUUCAAUCCCGUGUGGCGCUGGAGGUUCGGGGCCCGAACCCGCCUCGACACGUCGGGUACGUCGUGAGAUAA